GACAACGCUGCCGUUUGCUGGACUCAGACCGGUGUGUACAGUCUGUAGCUGUAAUAAAUCUGGCGAAAGGCGAAACCCAGAAUUCUAUCGCGUAUUUCUGACUGGAUUGCAGAUUUGCGACACGUUUUUAAUCACAUCAACGCUGGAACAGAAAUAUAGCCUGUGGGAGGAGCUUGUUUGACUGAAAAUCCUCUCCGGAUUCCGCUUACUCUAGCGGUGUAUCUACGAAGCAUAGGAAGGUCAGUCCUCAAUGGGUCAAGGAAAAAAAAUUUCUGCUGCUUCCCUGGAAUGAACAGCGCUGAAAUUGCUGGUGUCACCAAUGAAUCCUCGAUUGACAGAGCCAUGGAGGAUGUUGAUUUAAUGCCCAACAGACUGAAUAGUGAAUUUAGUGAGCCUGCAGAAAAUGUGGCCUCUACCUGUGAAAGUUUCAAUAUCCUUUCACACUCUGAAGAUUCUCCUGAAAUGAAUGGAGAUAGCAAGGACCACCUUGAUGAUGAAGUACAAAGUCUGCACAUAGCUGAAGAUGCUGAUGUAGAUAGUGCAGAGGAAGGUGAAGAAGUAGAGGAUGAAGAAAUGCCAGAAUUAAUAGAUUCAGAUGGUGCUGGAAAUCAAAGGCUUGGAAAGGAUGAUUGCACAGCAGGAGAAACAUCAGAUGAUGAGGAGGCACCACCAGGACUCAUGGCUAACCAUGGUUCAAUGCUGAAAGAUGAGUGCAAGAAUGUUGAAAGUGUUUUAGGUUAUGUCGAAAUAGAACAACAUGAAGAUGAUCUGCAGGGUCAGAAUGGUAAAGGAGACCAAAACCAAAACAGCAAACUACAAGGUACCCCAUCAGCAGCCCUGAGGAGAUCCAGCAGGACUAAGCUACCUAUCAGCCCAUCUCCGAACGAUGUCCCGUCCACUGUAGGACGCACUACACGAUCACAAAUCAAUCCUGAAAUAAUCGCAAAGCAAAAGUCUUUCAUGCACAAAUACCAAAUAGCUGUGAAAAGCUCUAUGGACUCGUACGUCCGAAGUGCAACCAGUGAGGUGGAGCAUGUAAAAGUGGAACAUCAAGCCACAAAGCGCAAAUGGGAGGAUACGGGUGGCUUGGAUUCGGUUAAUUCUCCUCAUACGUCUCCAGUACAAGACAAAAAAAGCAAAAAAUUAAUAGCAAAUACCCCGUUGACGACUAAAGUUGGAAGCCACUUUAUGGAAUUGCAGAGCAAGUCGUUUACGCGCCAUGACACUUUCUGUUGGGCUUGUCACAUGGAUGGACAGGUACUAGAGUGCAGGCAGUGUCCGCGCGUGUUUCAUCAACGAUGCGUUCAACUUCAGUCCCCCAUUCCACCUAAUUGGGUAUGCACGGAAUGUGGCUCGGUGCGUAAUGCCGAAAAACAUAACCAACUCGAUAUGGAUCAACUCACCGUAAUGCUCAAUUUCGCUAUGGAGCGAAUAAAAUCGGUGGCUGACGCGCAACCUUUUUUUAAACCUGUUGACACCGAAGAAUUCCCUCACUACACUGAAUAUAUUGUUAGUCCAGUAGACAUCAGCCAGCUAGAGGAAAAAAUUUCUCGGAAAUCUUAUGCUUCUACAAGAGCUUUCCUUGCUGAUUUCCGAUGGAUCUUGCAUAACUGCAUCAUUUUCAAUUCGUCCCACUCAAAAUUGACUAGUACAGCCAGAACAUUAAUGAAGGUUUGCAAACAUGAAAUGGCAGAAAUAGAUACUUGCGCAGAUUGCUAUGUCCAUGCUCACACCAAACGAGAGACCUGGUUCCUGGAACCAUGUCAACGGCCUCAUUUGCUACUCUGGGCUAAACUUAAAGGGUUUCCACAUUGGCCGGCUAAAGCAAUGAAAGCCAAUAAAGAAGGAAACGUGGAUGUCCGUUUUUUUGGUGCGCAUGAUCGCGCCUGGGUUCCCGCGAAAGAUUGCUUUUUGUAUAGCCGCGAGAUGCCCAUGCAGUUAAAAAAUCAGCGGAAGGCAAAUUUAAUCGCUUCAGUUGAAGAAGUUGACGAGCACAUUAAAAAGCUUAUCGAACGUUACGGUUCCUUUACGUACCCGGCGCCACGCACAGCAUACAACCCAAGCAAGGAAGACGAGCAAUUGCAACAACUUAUUCCUGGCUACAAAGUAUCAGAAUAUUCGCAAAGUUCACUAUGCAAGUCUGACAGACUAGGAGAAUCUGGUGAAACAGAAUCAAUGAACUCUGAUUCAGAUGCAGGAGAUCCUCUUGAUAACGACCUAACCGCUCACGCUGACCUGCCCGAGGGGGACCGGACGGAAGAUCAUUCUGAAGGUCGAAACUUCUUGGCCAUGUUACAGCUUGCUCCUCGUUCUUGUGCAGAAGCUGCCACUCCAAGAACUGUUACUCCCACUUCAACUUCAACUUCCGUAUCACCAACCCCGAACCAGAGCGUGGCUCCUAUAACGGUCACCAAACUAGUAAUUCCCAAUACAACAUCAACUGUUGUGGUAAAGGUAGAUACGUUCCUUCCUACGAGCAAAAAUAGUAAAACGUCACGUGUUCCCACACCCAAAGUGAGUAGUGGAGAAACGGCGGAUGAUUUGCCAAUACGAAUUAAGUCUGCAUCUAUCAACGACAAUAGUAGCAGCGAAGCCACCUGUGAAAUUAUUAAAAUAGCAAAUCCUCAUCUGUCUUCGCCUCCACGAAGGUCAUCGACAUCGAAGGAAAUGUUACCGGUUAAAACGGAACCUGUUGAAAACGACGAAGAAGAUGAUGCUUCUUCCAUAACAGGAUCCAAGACUUGUUCAAUUUCUUUAGCCAUCGAUAAUGUUGUAGGCAACUACAAACCUCCGGUGGCUAUAAAACCCAAACCUGAAAUAUCCGUGAAAUCUACACUGAAGUCUGGUAGUAAACCCAACCCUUCGAAACUGCCGGGCUCGAAACCGUCGACCCAAAAAUUUAGAUCCACGCCAAAAACUAUGCCAAAUCGGCCAUCGUCUGUGAAAAUUAUGCCAGCUUCUAAGACAAAUGCCAAAACUAAUAGACGUUUGGUUGGCGAUGACCAGGAUGAAGAACUCGACCCUGCUAUGUACCUUGAUCCUACGAUCACGAUCACUUUGAUAAACAGCGAUGAGAAAAAAGCUGUAAGCAAACAUGUCAGUGACGUUGCAAGCGCUAGCUCUAUUAGCUCCAGCGAUCUUCAGGCCUUGAAUGCUCUGGGAGAAAAUGUAUCCAUCACUGUUGUACCUAAGCGCAAAGUGGGAUCGAUCCCUACGGGUGGGAGCAGAUCUAAGGAGAACGAAGCUGUAGAACAGCCUAUGGUAAUCGAAGUGGAUCCUGUUGCGCUUCAAAAGGCGAAAGCACCGACUCAAACGGCCAAGGCACGGAAAUCAUUCCCUACAAAAACACGCCCAACUGGCCAUUCGAGCCAACCAUCAGUGCAAAAAACCUCACAGAAACAUGCCGUCCCUCCUAUGGUGUCGAUUCCCAGUCGCCAUUUGGGUAUGGAGAUAGCUCGACCAACAACUCAGCAACCGCCAUCAUCCCGCAUUCCGUCGAUUACCGUCCGACCGGUGACACAAUUGCCUGCGUCCCAGCCUAGUAUCAUUCUUCAGCCAGGAUCGACUGAUACAUCAUCCAUUAAUGCCAUCGCUGCUGCGAUGAAACAAACGAAUUCGUCAUCAUCAACGGCAACCAGUAGUACGGGUAACAAUACGCUUACGCUGAAUACAAUGCACACCGUUGGGCCAGAAUCAGGAUUUGGGACUGGUGGACUACUGCUCACGUUUAACCGCACCACACCGGCAUUUGCCUCAGCAGCCAGCGCGACCCCAUCGGCAGCUCAGGCGCUCAUCCAAAGCAAAGGUGAUUGUGGAUCGCUUACUGCCCAGCUAACUUCUAGAACACAGCAAAUUUCGGAGAUGGUGCGCAACACAUUGGAGACAUUGAUGCAGGAAAUGAGUUCUGCAGGGAACUUAGAAGCAACAAUCGCUCAGUUACAAAUGGAUCUAGAACGUUCUCGUUCAUUACACCAACAAGAGAUUGCUGAAAUGAAAAAGACCUUAGAAGCUCAACAAUCGUCUGCCGAGGUAGAAAAGCAGAGAGCCCUUUCGGAACUACGUCGUCAACUCGAAACGGAUAAGCAAAAGGCGAUCGAAGAAAUCAAGAAGAAGCAGUGGUGCGCUCAUUGCAGUCAAGAAGCGAUUUUUUAUUGUUGCUGGAACACAGCGUACUGCGAUUACCCCUGCCAGCAAGCCCAUUGGCCGAAACACAUGGCCACCUGUGCCAACGCUAAUCAGAAUACGGAAGCGGAUGUCACAGAACCAGAAGCUUGCAGUACUUCUUUAGAUUCCAAAACUCUUUCUCCACAAAAGUCGAUAGUGGCUGUGAACGGGUCUCCUAGCCAAAGUAGAAAGAUCACCUCUAUAGUCAAGACUAGCCAGCAUGCUUCAUUACCUACUGAUCUGGGUUACACAGUUCUGACUUCUUCGGAUAUGUCCUUGACUACCUCGCCGAGUAACACAGUUGGAUUACGUGUCCAGCCAAUAACUGGAGCUCAGUAAUCCCAUCUUUAGCCACAGCGAUCGCCUUAGUGGUCUUGACACCUGUUCGUCCUCCAAUUUAUUUGACGAAAUCAAUUCUGUUUUCAUCGAUUGCUCCACAAACUGGUAAGUGUUUAAAAAGUCUGGGAACAAUUGGCGUUAGAGAAUAAGGAACUUCAGCGUAGGAAAUUGCACGGAGAAUUCAUUUUUUUAUGUUUAAUAAUUCUACUGUACGUUCACGAUAUUGUAUACAUCAGCCAACCUGGUAAUCCUAAAUCCUUUACUUUUUCACUUAAUAUUGUGAAGCUCCAAAAGAAGCCUGGUACGCGUUGUUAACGCGAAGCUCAUGGAAUUUGUGUAUGUACAAUCAAUAUAUAUAACAAUGUCCCCUUUAUAAAAUGAUUCGCUACAGUA